CCACGGCACUGCAUCAUCAGACGCCGCUUCUGCGUCCUGCGUCCUGCGUCCUGCGUCCUGCGUCCCCUGCUGCCGCCCGCUUGACGCUGCACACGGGGCGAAGCUAGACUGACCUUCUCUUGCCACAGGCCCCUACUGGUGCUGCGUCGGUCCCCACGCCCGCGCUGCGAACGGCGGCCGUCUGCUGCCUCACCCACCGCCCUGCCGACUUUCACCCACCGCACCCUUGGGCCCGGCGCUCUUUCACGCACGUACACACGAGCACGCAGCGGAUCACGAGCAGCGCGUCGCUAAGCCCCGCCCUCACGUCUGCAGCUACCCGCGCAGCAUCUAUGGCGCUGCUGCUGGCGCAUCGGUAGGCACUCGACUCGCCGCCCGCCGCCCAGUUCCACCCGCAACCCGCGGCACGGCACCUCCACCAUGGCCUUCAGCUUCUCGGGCCUGUCUUCCGCCUUUGGGAAGAAGCUGCUGUUGUUCGGCUUGCGGCAUAUCGACAUCCUCGACAAGGAUCCCGCCGAGUUCGUCAACGUUGACAUCGGCAAGCACACCACCCUCGAGGUCCGGGAUGUUGGCCUACACGUCAAGAAACUGGUAGCCCUCCUUCAUCUCAAGCUUCCGCCCGAAAUCCACCUGGCCACCGCCCGAGCAUCGCUGUUCCGCAUCACAUUCGUACUCGAGCUGGGCGUCCCGCGCAUCAUAAUAGAAGUGGAUGAAAUUCGGAUCCGCGCCCAUUUGGUAGAGGAGACCAACACCGUCUCCAAGUCGCGCGGUACCGAGAGAACACCACCCCGAGCUAGAUCUCCGCUACUGCACCGACCGUCGUCUCCCACCACAGCCGAUCCAGGCGAUUCUUUCUACGACGAUAACGACGACUACAUACCAACCGUCGGAGAUUUGGCCGACUCAUUUCUUAGGGAGGAGCCGGAGGAAGAUAUCAAAGAGCUGGAGCACGAGUUGGAAUCUCAGUCGGCAUACCUUCAGGAGUCCGUCUUGUCCAACGAUGAUGACGACGAGGAGAGCGCUGCUGGCAUGGGGGCUCCUAUUGCUCUGCCCUACUACCUUCGAAAUAUUCUCAACACUGCUCUUGAUCGGCUGCAGAUAGUCGUCAAAGAUAUUGAUCUUGAUGUGCAAGACCACAUCCCGUCAUCUCCUAUCGGCGAGGAUGAGAGCUCAUCCACCUCCGUGAACUUUCACGUGGACCGCAUCGCAAUCGACUCUGUGACCGCCGAAGAGCCCCACGUUGAUGUUUCGACACCUAGGCACCCGCAGGAUACGUCCAAGUUGGGUAAGCGCCGGUUGCGCAUCGAGAAUAUAUGUGGACGGCUGAUUUCCGAUGCACGCAACUUCGUCUCGGUGCCGCGGACAUCAGCACCAUCAUCCCCCGUCGAUGCCCGUUCGGAAAUGACUGCGAGCCUAAAGACUCAGAGCGAACCCGCGGCUAGUGAACCUCGUCACAAUCCUGAAGCCUCUAAUCGAUUGGAGGACGCAGAAUCGCCACUGUUGGCAUCUGUAGAAGCGCAAGUGACGGCCCCGGUGGCGGCAUCCGAUUUUAAAGCAGUGCCUGUAAACGAGUCUUCACACGUGCCUAUAUCUGUCCCGGAAUUACCACGACCCCCAGACCAUCCGCUCAGUCUUUCGACGCACACGACAGACGACGAUCGUUUCGCCGAUGCUGACUCCGCCGACGGGCUGGAUCGCAGCAUCGCAAGUCAUCCAGGUAACCAACCCGGCCGACCCGAUCUGGGUUCCAGUAGUCGUAUGUACGAUAACGAUGAAGAGCUCUUGCAUUUCUUACAACACAAUGUCCUUGAUCCGCAGCUAGGCGCGAGUCAAAGCGAAGAUGGCUCAGACUCGCAUGCAUUGAAUGAUUUAUGGAAUUUGGACGGUAUGGGGUCAAGCCAUGAGGAAGCGCAAUCGUUCUACGAGAGCCAAUUCUCAUCGUCUGACCUGCCAACAGUGUCUAUGCUUGGACGUUCGAUGAAGCCGACAGAGGAAAGCGCAUUGUUUCGAGGAACGGCUUCGCCAUCCGAGUCCACGAUCUCAGAGCAACCCAAUAUCAAGGCUGAUUUAUGUGAUAGCCGGCAGUCUAUCACGGACAAAACUGCCGACUCAGCUGCAAAUCACGAUAUAGCCAGUUCUACCACCAGCCAAGGGUCUUUCCAAGAAGACUUAACAGAGUCCAGGACGUUUAGUCAUGAAGAUGCCGCAAGUUUGUAUAUGAGCGCCAUGAGCGAGGCCCCUGCUCAGCAUGGACACGUUCCUGGGGGCUGGGACUCCUCUUCGUCAGCAUCUAGCCAUGAUACCUCGUCGGACACAUCGGUGGAGGUGCCAGAAGAGAUGAUUGUAGGCAGCAUGUUGCAUCCUCAGGCAGACGCUGACGAUGGUUACGACACCCCACGACCAAGCAGCCCACACAGCAUACCAUGUUCUCCUGAACAGAAGCGCCUCGAACUAGCUGCAACUCCAGAUGUUCCGAAAGAAAGCCAAGGAGUGCUCCAGAAAUUAUUAGCCAAAGCCUUUCUGACCAUCGAUGAAAUCACGGUCUGGUUUCCGCUGGGGUUGCAAGGGGAUGAGACUGCUAUUGAGGCCUCUGCGUUCGACUUGCGUCCCGAAGGACUUGUCGAAGAUUCCAUGUUUGAAACCAUGCCUGGCACAUUCUCCCACCAUGCCAUUCGAGAUUUACGCAAAAAGCCUGUCGUUGAACACACAGUCCGCCGGCGUCCGGAAUCUCGAAUUCCUCGGGUGGAGAAGAAAGCCAUGUCUGCGAUCAUCUCUGUGGAAAUCGGUUCGGUCGUUUGCCACAUCGACUUUGCUACAGGCAACAUCAUGUUCCAGAUGGUUACUAAGGCAAUGGCCGCAUUAGCUGGGAACGCAACUAACCUGUCCAAGGAGAAGCCACCCAAACCGGAGGGGACACAGACACAUACAGGGUCUCACUCUAGCAUCGAACUUUCCGUCAAAACCGUUUGCGUCGCUUGGAAGGAACAAUUGAUAACCGAAUCGUUCACAGAAAUUAGGAAUCUAAGGCCAGUACUCGAACAACAUCCGUUGGAUGCUAUUGUCAAGAUCAGCAUGACUUCUAUCUACGGAGCAAGCCAAACGAAAGCAACAGAAGCUCAGGCUAAGCUGCAAAUUGGCAAAUUCGCGUUGUCUUCUUUGGAUUACGACAUCCUAACGUUCCAGAGUUCCCGCUCGAGGGCUCGCAGAUCUAUCAGCAAUACACCGGAGCAGCUGAAGCAUGAUAUCGAGAUCGUUUAUGAACAGAAGCAAGACCGGCGUGUCACCCUCAUCACCCGGCCGGUGCGGGUCAUGUUCGAUCUGGAGAAAGUGGACGAAGCCUUGGGCUCAUUUGGAGGCUUCAGUGGUGUUCUAGAGCUGAGCGCCUCGAUAAGCUCUAAUGGUCGCGGCAACAGCCCUGUGGUGUCUCCAGCGCCAGCUCGCAUUCGUGGUGUUCGUUUUGGUGAUACCUCACCACCUCCUGCGACUGCCCAAUCAACGAUGCCCAAGAUCCAGGUUCAAUUUGGGGACGUUGAUCUUGUGCUCAAAGGGCAAAGCUGUGCUGUACAAUUGCUAACCACUUCCGUUAAACUUGCCGUUCGCGGGGGCAAUGUUAGGCUGAAAGUCGCGGAUGCCCAACUAACCGGUCCAUGCACGCCGGCUACCCCGAACGGCGCGCCGCUGAUAGUGAAGUUUCAAGAGACUACAGUCAAUUUCCUCUCUUCGCCGGAAGAAGUGGAUCUGGAUAAACUAAUCUACAUGAUUACACCGUCAAAGGAUCCGUACGAGAAUGACGACGACAUUCUGAUCGAGACUCUCAUACGCCAACGCAAGAAGGGCUCUGUUCUUCGGAUUGAUGUGAAUUUAGUGGAUGUGCUGGUGACUGAGACAGAUGAGCUACGCGCCUUCGACGCCUUGGGCGCGGAGAUGGCAAAGCUGUCUAGGAUCGCCAAGUAUCUCCCAGACGACGAUCGUCCCGGUAUACUCACGCUUGCCAACGUACAGCACAUCGGUGCUAGGGUUACAAUCAACAAAAGCUUAGGGGAUAUAUCGGUCGAGCUCGAUGACACAUCGGUCGCACAUGUCGGUCUCCCCGCGCUGUUCGCCACUCAGAUUGGCUCCAUGUCCGCUUGGCGAGAAGACGAGAUCCUGGCACAUGAGGUUGUCAAGCUCUCAGAGUCAGAUCGUCUGCCGAUGGUUAUGAUGCGCAUCAUUGGCGACGAGAUGGAGCCUGUAAUCAAGGCAAAGCUGUUCAAUCUUUGCGCCGAGUAUCACGUCUCUACGGUCUUGGCUGCUCUCGGUCUGUCCGAGGAUGGCACUAUCGACGAUAUUGCCCUUGGGCUGGCUUCCUCAGUCGCCACUGUCACAGGUGUUACACCUCCAGCAACCCUGACCAGGCAGGCAUCUUCAUCCAGCUCCGUUACAACGAAAAUAAAGCCGCUGCAUGUUGACGUUCUGUUCCGGAACUGCGCGGUAGGACUAAAUCCUCGAAAGAUCCCCGCGAAAGGUCUGUUCGUUCUGACCGAUGCUCAUUUUUCAGGUAAACAAAUGAGCAAAGCGGAGUACUCUAUCGAGCUAGAGCUACGUAAAGCGUCAGUACAAGCAAUUGAUGACGUGGCCCGUCUUACGGAAGAGCCCAAGGCUGCGCCAACUUCCAAUGUCGUUAUAAGCAAUCCACAGCUUCGCGAGCUACUUGCUCAAGGCUUUGUCACACUGAGCUCAAUCGCGGCAGCCAGGGUAAUCGUCACUACUGCGGGCGACGGUGCUGCCCAGCCCCAACAAGUCGAUGUGGAAUUUCAAAAUGAAUUGUUCGUGAUAGAGUCGUGUGCGGAUUCCACACAAACUCUCAUCGCCAUUCUCAACGGCCUCCAGCCGCCUAUGCCCCCGUCGACUGCUGAACGCUACCGACCUACGGUGCCAUUGCAAGAGAUGAUGGAUUCCUUUACAAUGGAUGCACUCGCCAUUGAUCCUGAUGCUAUCCCAGUGGGAGACAAUGAUGAGGAUUUCACCAUGGAUGAGGAUGAUGAAGAAUUUUCCAUGGAGAAUGCUGAUCUGAUCCUGGACGAUGUCCCAACAAAUAGAGAUUUCGUGGGCAGCUUCUAUAAUUCAGAAUCUCUGCCCACCGAAGAAGACAUGGGAGACAGCAUGUUGGUACAAGAAGAUCUGGGUGCUCUAGCAACACCGCCCAUCACUCGCAAGCUUGGUGAACCGGCUAUGCUAGAAAGCUUCGAGGAGCGAUUCGAAGUCGCGUCCGGGCAGGAACAGUUGAAAUUUGACGACGACUAUUUCAAGGACUCUGACUCUGAUUACAAAGGCAAAGCUCGGAAGUGGGAUUCGUCAAACAACAAGUACCAUCAAGUGAACGCAUUCAAAACCCCAGACGCCCCACUCAAAGUACAGAUUCACGACAUGAACAUCAUCUGGAACCUAUACGACGGUUACGACUGGCCAAAGACUAGAGGCGAACUUGCACAGGCAAUCGAUGACAUCGAAGCUCGCGCAGAAGAGCGCCGACGGAAAGCUCAGGAAGAUGAUGACGAGGAUCUUGAGUUCAUUGAAGAAGGCCAACUUUUCAACUCAGUCUGGAUUGGAGUUCCCGUUAAGGAAGCUAAAGGUGCAUUAGCAAAACAAGUCAUUCAGGAUAUUAAUCGUGGUCGCGAUGGAUCUGACCAGGCUAGCGAGACUGGCAGUUAUGCCACGUCAACUGCCACUCGAACCACGUCAGCCACUGCACGACCGCGCUCCAGCAUAUCCACCAAACGCCUUCAAAAGCUGGGCCGCGGUAAGCACAAGCGGAUCUCGUUUGAGCUCAAGAACGUUGCCGUGGAUUUCGUCGUCUUUGAGCCCGGUUCUGGGGAGACGGUCAAUUCAGUCGAUGUGCGCAUUCAAGACUUGGUCGUUUACGAUCGCGUCCCUGGAUCCACAUGGAACAAGUUCGCUCUUUGCGAUGUGGAACCUGAGAAGCGCGAGAUGAACCGACCGAUGGUCAACAUUGCACUUUUGACAGUCAAACCAGCACCUGACCUCGCCGCCACCGAGUUAGUAAUUGAAGUUAGCAUUCUUCCGCUUCGUCUACAUGUCGACCAGUUCGCAUUGGAAUUCAUUCAGCGUUUCUUCGCGUUCAAGGAUGAGUCCGCUGCCAUCAGCUCUGCUCCAUCCGAGCAGCCUUUCAUACAGCGUUUAGCCGUCAACACGGUGAACCUUAGGCUCGACUACAAACCGCGCAAAGUGGACUACCGUAGGCUACGCUCCGGCUCCACCACCGAGCUGAUGAACUUCAUGACACUAGAAGAUACGCCUAUACUGCUCCGUCACGCCAUUCUUUAUGGUAUCAAGUCGUUUGACGAACUUCACGAUACCCUCAAUAACGUUUGGAUGCCGGACGUCCGUGACAAUCAGCUCGCAAGAGUCCUCUCUGGUGUCGCCUUAGCCCGUCCCGUCGUCAAUGUCGGCUCCGCCGUUGCCGACCUCUUCAUCGUCCCCAUGCGCGAGUACCGCAAGGACGGCCGCGUCGUGCGCGCCAUGCGCAAAGGAGUGGGCGCCUUUGCGCGCAACACUACCUCCGAAGCUGCUCGCCUCGGCGCGAAGGUCGCCAUCGGCGCGCAAACCAUUCUCGAGACCACAGAGCGUUUCCUCAAUCCUGAGCCCGCUUACCCGGCACACAGCCGCCCCUCGUCCUCUCGCACUCCUUCUGGAGGCUAUGACUGGGAAGACCUUGCUGCGUCAGACACCGAAGAGCCCCGCGCAGUAUCUAACUACGCCGAUCAACCCAUCACAGUGCGCGCAGGCUUGCGUUCUGCCGUGCGCCACUUUCAGAAGGACUGGGCGCAGGCGCGGGACGCGGUCAUCGCAAUCCCUGGGGAGAUCAUGGAGGAGGGGACAGGCGCGGGCAUGGCGAAGGUAUUGGUGCGGAGGGCGCCGACGGUGGUGUUGCGGCCGCUGGCGGGCACGACGAAGGCGGUGAGUAGGACGUUGCUUGGGGUAGGCAAUGCGUUGGACAAGGAUUCGAGGCGGAAGAUCGAUGACAAAUAUAAGACGUACUGAGCUUCGCAGACAUACGUGCCGGAGUGGACAGGACGUUAGUGUUCAUGGCUUGUUGGGUGAUGCUCGAGGGGUUGAACAGGUGGCCAGCAUACAUCAUCGCUCACCCCGCUCUCUGACAAAUCUUUGUCUCAUUUGUUUUAUAUCUUGCUUUUUGUCCGAUACCUGUUCUUUGCGUACAUCACCUCACUUCCUGAGAUUGCAUAGCGAAGGUGCUGAGUGGGGCAUUGAGCGUCGUCGCUACUUCUUCCCUCCUCACUCUGGAGUACAAGCUGGGUUUUCUUGUUUGUUUGGGCUGUCUGGGCGGGGCAUAUUAGGCGUACUUUGCUGGGGGUUAUAGGCGGGAGCGGCAGGGGCUUUAUAUAGAUUUAAUAAUAUCGAGAUUGCGAAU